AUGGCGACCAAACUAUCAACGUGCUUUCUGAACCAUGGAUGUUAUGGUGGACUAAAUUGUAAGCGGUUGAAUGUACGCUAUUACCCUUUACCUUCUUAUCGUUUGCUUCCAGCUUCAUAUAAAAAGCGUCAGCGUAAUUUCAGUUCCCAACAAAAGAGACAACAAACAAAGAAAAUCAUACCUGAACGGAAUCCAACAAGUGCAAAUUUCCAAUCAAAUGACGACGAAGACUCCGAUUCAGAAAACUCUUCCAUUGAUAGUAUGCCUAGUUUAAAUCAAGCCACCAGAUUUAUCAAUAAUGUCGAUGGUAUUGGAGCAGUUGAGCAUUCGAACAGGGAAGAUUUGAACAGUCUAAUGCUACCGAUUGAGAUCACAUCUUCGGUAUACUCCAAUAACUACUAUUCUCUGAGAUUUAUAUAUGCUUAG